AUGUCGCGCGCGGCCAAGAUCACCCUUGUCAGCGCCCUCUGUGCGUCGGCCGUCGUUAUUUGGGGAGUGCACUUCCUUCAGAUCCGCGAGCGCGAGACAAUGUUUCAAGGUGUACUGCGCGACGACGAGCGUAGGCGAGAGAAGAUGCACCAAAGAGAACAGGAUCUGCAGGAGUCCCUUCGGAAACGGGAGAUUUACGAGCGCGUUCAGAGUGUGUCGAAUUCUUCUCCCUCCCCGCCAGGUCAUGCGCCACCAUCACAAUAG